CUAAAACCUCAGUACCAUCACCCAAUUCAAGCACAAUGAAGAUGCAGGCAGACAGCGCACAGCCAGAGUCUACACAAGUCUCUGCCAAUACCCAGAACUCCACCGGCCAGCAAAGGAAGCAACAAUCAUAUAUCCUAGGUCGCGAGAAACUUGCUGCAAUUAAAAGAAAAGGUGGACAUAGAUCUGAUUACGAAAACAGAAGGGCUGAAGCAAUUAGCCUGAUAAAUGAAAACAGGCCCAGGUUGAACGCAGCUAGUAUUCCCGAGCAAUUGCCUACAAUUACAGAUCAUGGACAUGCUGCUGCAAUGAAGCAAUUGCUUGAAAUUACAGAUCAUGGACGUGCUGCUGCAAUGAAGCAAUUGCUUGAAAUUACAGAUCUUGGACGUGCUGCUGCAAUGAAGCAUUUGUUUGAAAUUACAGAUGAUGAUGAUUGGGAUGCUGAAGUGCAGCGAUUCCACAAACAGUGGCAAGAGGCAGUGGCAAGAGGAGCGUAACGGCGUAGGCAAGACUAGUCAGCUGUAGUGUCACUCAGAGGCAUAUGGGAGUGCGUGGGACAGCAUAAGAGCCUAAUUUAAUAGACAACUAUAGGCCUCGAAUGGAGCUCCUUCACGAUAGCCUUGUGUGUCUUGAUUCCUCCAUCCAUUGUGACGCGUCUUUGGAUAACUGCACCUGACGAUUGUUCAAUUUGACGACCUUUUUUAUGGUGACAGGCC